UUUCUCUCCCUCUAUUUAUUACUUCAUUUACUACGUUUAUUUUUAAAAAUAUUUUUUAGUCUAAAUCUACUCAAGUUUAUAAUGAAUCAAUUGUUUCGGUUGCCAUAUUUUGUAUCCUGUCGUUGUCUACAUACUAAAAAGCUUAAAAGGAGUCCUCCAAAAUAUUUCGACGAUCAAAUGCAAAUUCCAACGAAAUUGGAGCUUUAUGAAGUUAAACAGGCUAAAUGGACAGCUCCUGAGGAUGUUGCGGAUCUUUUUUGGCGUCGAAUUGUGUACAAUAGUUCAAUACUUUCAAUGAGACGAAUUUUUCGGGAAGAAUAUGAGGCCUCACCUACUGGUUUCAAUGCUAUCCAAAUAAAGAAAGAAGCAAAUGACGAGCUUGACAGAUUAAUUGAAGAAAAUGAAAAGAGAAAUAAAGAUUUGGCUGAUGCAAGAGUAAAACGCGAAAAAGAAGUAAUUGAAAGACUUGAGGAAGAGACUCUUUUGGAAAUUGAACGUCGAUUGGAUCGUGAAACUGAAAAGGCUGCGAUAAAAACUGAACAAAUUUUGUCGUUAAUUGAGCAAAGCAAAAAUUUUAUCACUAAAGAAAAUCUUGACGAAAAAGUUCGCGAAGCUUUGGAAAAUCCGAUUAAUCUCGAUUACGCGAUUGAUUUAAAUGGGGCAAAAAUUGAAAAUGUUCAGCCUCAAAAAUGCUUUGAAGGUAUUAAAGCUACCCAAAGAGGUAGGGCUUUUGAUCAUCAACCUGGUUAUACUUUGAGGAAAUUGGAUACUAUUGUUCGGUUACUUUUAAUGUCUAAAUUCUACGCCGUUGCCAGGGGUUGGCAGACCGGUAUUUAUAAAACAUGGUCUGAAUGUCAGAAGCACGUUUUUAAAUUUCCUCGUGCUAGUUUUAAAAAGUUUGAAUCUGAGGAGGAAGCAAAAGAGUUUAUCGAGAAAAACGGAGUUACAAGUAUACCACAAUUUAAACAAGCAAAACGAGUUGCAAAAACAAAAGCUAAAUUAAAUCUACCGGUUUGCGAGCCGGAUAAAAUUAAUGAAUUUGGUCUUAUUAUGAAGGAUGGAUUUCCUGUUGUUUAUACUGAUGGGGCAUGUAGCAAUAAUGGCUCUUUUGGAUCUAAAGCGGGUAUUGGUGUUUAUUGGGGUGAUGGUCAUAAAUGGAAUAUUUCUGCCCCUAUUACUGGCCGUGCAACGAACAAUGCUGCUGAAUAUACUGCUAUAAUUUUUGCUAUGGAAAAAGCAAUUUCUGAGGGAUUAUCAUGUCUUUUAAUUCGAACAGAUUCUCGGCUAAUAAUUUCAUCAAUGAAUGAAUGGAUUCGUAAAUGGAAACAAAAUGAUUGGAAGACUUAUGAAGGGAACGACGUUAAAAACAGAGAGUUACUUGAACGCAUUGAUGAACUUAAGAAGCAAAUUCAUGUUUUAUUUGAGAAGGUCUCUGGUCAUUCAGGCGAUUAUUGUAAUGAUCAGGCAGAUAAACUUGCUAAAGAAGCAAAUGGUGGAUACUUACGAGAAGAAAUAAUUUUUGAACUAACCCCUUUGGAGUUUUAUUGUACUAGAAUAUUAAACGGGACUGAUUCGGUUGGAUGUCAAUCAACCAAAAAUGGCAAUACUGGAGUUAUUGUAGAAAUUUCAAAUCCAAAAAUUAUUGAUGAAAUUGUCAAAGAGCUUCCUUUACGAAUUCAAAAUUUAAUUGUUUUAAUUGAUAUUAAUAAUUUGGAUAGUAAAUUAAUUGAGGCUGUUCAGACUAAUGAAAAUGUUCAAGGAAUUAUUUUGUUUUAUCGCGGAGAAAAAUUACCAAAAAGUUUUUCUGAAGAUGCUGCUUGUCCUAAUCAACAAUUUUCAUUUUACAAAUCUGAACAACAACAUUGCCAACAGUGGAAUUCUCUGGGCGCAAUUUCUACAGAUGGAUUGCGCUUUAAAAAUUUUGAUAAACCAAUAUUUUUUAUAGAAAACCAAACUCAAAUUGAUAUUUUGACAGAAAAGUGUUCAAUUCCCUAUAAUAAACAAAUAAAACAAGAAAGUCUUCGUUGUAUUGGUAGAAUGGUUUUGUUUAUGUUUGCAGCUGGAAAUUCAAAAUUGUGUAUUGAAAGACAAGAAAAAAGUUCUGGAUUAAGAGAACAAGUAAUGUUAUGUGAUCAUUUAGAAGACCGUAAUGUUUUUGCCAUGUUACCCCCUCUUGGACAAAAACAAAAGGAUAUUAAACCAAAUAUUUUUGUUUUGGCUGCUAGGUUAGAUUCAUUUUCUUCAAUUUAUAAUUCUCAUGGAGGAGAUUUUUCAACAAUUUCAUCAAUUAUUCCCUUACUUUUAGUAGCAAAUUCUAUUGGUCAAAAUCUUCAAUUAUUUUUAACAAAAACACAAAAAACUUCCCGCCAAUUACUUUUUGGAUUUUUUCAUGGAGAAUCUUUGGGGUAUAUUGGAAGUAGUCGGUGGAUUUUUGAAAUGAAAAAUAAACGAUUUCCACAUCCAAAUAAUAAAUUACCUGGAGAUAAUAUAAAACAAUUGGGAAUUGAAUCUAUUGGGGUUUUUAUGGAAUUACAACAAAUUGGGACUAAUCAACAAUUUUUUAUACAUACAGAUAAAGAAGUUUAUUUGGAGAAUAAAACAUUGGUUGACACUCUAAUAAAAUCCUCAAAAAUUUCUGGGGCAGAAGUUGAAUUUAUUAAUCCAGAAACAAUUUCUUAUGGAUCACUACCUCCUUCAAGCUAUCAUUCUUUACUUAAAGAAUCUAAAAAUAUUCCUGGUUUUGUUUUUUCUUCUUUUGGCGAAGGGAAAUAUAAUUUUAGUUAUUUAAAUUCAAUUUUUGAUAUUGAAAUUCGAAACAAUACACAAUUAUUUAAUCAAUUUAUUAAUAGAAUUACUUUAGCUGCAAAAAUAACUUUAAAUACUGCUCUCAAUUAUUUAUUUUUAAAUGAUACAAAAAUUAUUAAACAAUUCAAAAUUGAUGAGAAUUAUGCUAAAACACUUGCUGAAUGUUUCUUUUUAAAAUCUUCAUGGGAUUGUCCUCUCUUUUUACGUAUUUCAAAUGCAACAAAUGAUCCAGAUAUGAAAUAUUGGCUAAGGACUACAGCAAAUGAUUUAUCAAUUGGAACUGGAUAUCCAGGAUCUGGAAUUCGAAGAAUUGUUCAUUCUUUAUUAGUUAAUUCUCUUGGACAAAAAGGUCCAGCAAUGAAUAUAGCAAGUGAACAACAAUGUAUGGACCAGAAUAAAAAACAAGAUGUAUACACAUAUAUUUGGCAAAAUGAUCCUCAAACUAACAAUGGAACGUGUUAUAGAACAAGUAUUUAUAUGGGUAUUGCAAAAUCACCGGCAUUUGAUAUUGAAAAUUAUAACUUCUCUAGUGGACAAUAUUCAACUUGGGUAGAAUCUAGAUGGGAUUCUCAUGCAAGACUCGAAUUAUUUUUAACAGCUGAUUAUCGUUUGGAAUUAUAUGCAUUUUUAAUUGCAAUAUUAAUUAUUUUUUUGAGUGCUCCACUUAAUUAUGGAUUAAAGGAACAAUGGUUUUUGGAUAAUUCGUUGCCCCCAGCUUCUCCUCAACAACUUUAA